AUGGCAGGUGGUAGGUAUGAGAGGACGCUUGAAAGGGGCUGUCCACAGGGUUCCUGUAUUGGUCCCCUCUUGUGGAACGUUCUAGCAGACACGGCGUUGAGGCUGGUCUUACCAGACCAAGUCCAACUGCAGGCUUAUGCUGACGACCUAUUGCUAGUAGUUGCAGGCUACAGUCGACGCGAUAUGGAGGUUCGCGGCAACGAAGCAAUAGAACAGCUUGUUCGCUGGGGAGAGCUGCAUAAGCUCUCUUUUAGCCCUGAGAAAUCAGAGGCCCUGACGGUGGCCCGAAGCGGGGUAUUGGCACGCCAGCCCAUAUACCGCAUCCGGGGCAACCCCAUCCGAAGGGUGAAUGAGUUAAAGUACCUCGGUGUAAUCAUCGACCAGACACUAUGCUGGACUCCCCACCUGAGGGACGUUCGAGUCAGAACGAACCGAAUGAUAGCGUCACUAUCAAGACUAGCUAGGCAGGAUUACGGGUUGAGUGGCGAAGCGCUUCGUACCAUCUACAAGAUGAGUGUGGAGCGCGUAGUCUGCUAUGCCUGUGGCGUUUGGUGGAAGGACACCGCCAACGUCUGUCAGAGUAGGACACUACUCACGAUCCAGCGUCCCGCUGCUUUGCGGAUCACGCGUGCGUACAGAACUGUGUCAACGGAUGCGGCCCUGGUCUUGGCCGGGCUGCUCCCUCUGCCUCUGGUUGUCAGCCAAGAGGCAGCCUUCUACAGAACAACGGUGGAAAGUAAAGAGGCCAUGCAUUGUAAUCAGAAGUACCCGAUUAGACUUAGGCGUCAGACAGACGUACUAAAGAUCCAUCCUGCCCUCAGGAUUGGACUCGAUUGGGAAGUCGGUGAACCGACUGGUACGGGUGUUGAGAUAUACACCGAUGGCUCGAAGGACGGCAGCUUAGUAGGCGCCGCAUACUGCGUCUUUUCCGACGGAGUUGAAGUGUACAGCAGAACUGACAGACUGAACGAGGAAGCGUCCGUGUUCCAGGCUGAACUGGUGGCUUUGGGGGAAGCGUCCCAGUGGAUCCUAUUACAUCCGGGUCCAGAGCCGGUCACGGUUUACUCUGAUAGCCAGUCGUCGUUACAGGCUUUAAGCGACGGGUACCAUCGUGAUCCUUUGGUACACGAGAUCAGAGGUAGGGUACUGAGGGCGAGGCACGAACGACACGUUGUCCUGCGGUGGGUACGAGGCCACACCGGCGUCCUGGGCAACGAACGUGCCGAUCAGCUGGCAAAGGCGGGAGCCAGUGGCCCAUUUGUUACGAGGAUGGUAGAUCCCUCGACUACAUACAUAAAAGGUACUCUACUGCAGAGAUCGAUGAUAAGCUGGCGAGAACGCUGGACUCUAAGUACAGUAGGUAGGCCAACCUACGCCUUCGUGCCUGUAGUUGGCCUCACUCCGAUAAGUUGUUGCUCGUUGUCGACUCAAAUCUUAACUGGCCACAAGAGGUUCUCCCACUUCAAGUCCAAAUUCGAACAAGGAGAUGGUAGCUGCCCCUGUGGUAGUCCUCGCGGCGACGCGAAAUAUUACGUACUUGACUGUCCCUUAACAAUAGACUUCCGCCUAGGGGUGGACCAAGUUGACUGGUCUAAGCCCCCUGAACAAGUACUUCGAACGCUAGCAGCUAGUAAAGGGAACCUAAAGAAACUAAAGGAAUUGAUGGGAAAAAUCAUAGAUCUUUUCGAUCUAUAA